AUGAACGAUCCUGCCCCAGAAGAAACGUGCAGUUGGGCCAACUACUAUCUCACUUUUGAGUGGCUUACCCCCUUGGUGUGGAAGGGCGCGCGGAGAGAGGUCACUAUAGACGAUCUGCCCCGGCUGCCUUGGUAUGACGAGCCACUGCUGCUACUUGAAAAGAUAAAGAAGGCCCGUAUCAGGGGAAAGACGACUUUGUGGACCCUCUUCUAUCUACUCCAGUCCGAACUGGCCCUCAUGUCGGGCUUCAUCAGCUCAGCCUAUGCCUGCGAGUUGAUUGCCCCUUACGGCUUGUACCAGCUGCUCACGUAUCUUGCCGACCCUCAAGGCUCCAUCAUCCGUCCCUGGGUCUGGCUGUUCCUCAUGUUUGCUGGGCCCCUUUCGCGCUCCGUCCUGUUCCAGCAGUACGUGUUCACGUCCACUCGUCUUGUUGUGCGUCUGAGGUCCGCAUUGACUCAGGAACUUUACCACCGGGCUGUGUCUUCCAUGGAGCUUGAGGACGACAUCUUUGCUCCCAAGGGUGAAGCCGAGUCGAAAAAGGAAGGAGAAAAUCGGCGUUCAACCCCUGCUGGCCGCCUGGCCAACUUGAUGGCUGCCGAUGUCCAAGCCAUCUUUGGCGCGCGAGACAUAAUCAUGGUCACGAUGGGCGUCUCCACGGGAACUAUCAUCGGUUUUGUGGGCUUGUAUGGAAUGCUUGGGUGGCCUGCCCUCAUCGGUAUGGCUAUCCUCCUUCUCGCUGCGCCGACGACUGUUGUCAUCGCUCGGUUGAUGGCCAUAGCCACCAGGAAAGCCAGGAGAGCACAGGAUGCUCGCAUCUCUUUGGUGUCAGAGUACCUCGCGUCCAUUCGUGCGGUCAAAUAUUUUGCUUGGGAGGAGGCCAUCGUCAAGACCAUCGAAGACACUCGCGCGAACGAGCAGCGUGAUCUGUGGCGUGUCUCGCUCAUCUACGUUGCUCUUAACCAGAUCACCGCUCUGAUGCCCUACAUCGCCCUUAUUACCAUGUUCACGCUGUACGUAGGAGUGCUUGGACAGUCAUUGACAGCGGCCACUGCCUUCACCACGGUUUUCCUCGUGAAAAAUAUUCGCCGCAAUGUUACACAGCUGGGUUUUAUGUCGAGAAACAUUACCAACGCGUUGAUCGCUGUUGGGCGUCUUGACAAGUACUUUGAGAGCACUACACCUCUGGAGGAGUAUCCCGAGGGAACGCUGGAUAUCAGGGAAGCGACGUUCAGACGGAACAAGACUGCCACUUUCCAGCUCAAGAACAUCUCCAUCGACUUUGUUGAAGGUGGCCUAAACGUUGUGUCGGGUGCUAGUGGAAGUGGAAAGACGACCCUGCUUCUGGCCAUCUUGGGAGAGACGAUAAAGGAGAGCGGCUCAAUAACCCGGCCUAAGGACGUGGCGUUCGCGUCUCAGACCGCCUGGCUGCAAAACGAUACGAUCAAGGAGAACAUUCUGUUCAACAGUUCUUAUGAGAAGAUACGCUACGAUAACGUUAUUAAUGCCUGCUGUUUGCCGGUGGACUUGAGGGAGAUGGAUAAGGGUGAACAGACCGUUGUCGGCGAGAACGGAUCUUCGCUAUCGGGAGGCCAGAAGGCCCGCGUAGCUCUGGCCAGAGCGCUUUACUCAAAGGCACCGCUUCUUCUGCUCGACGACAUCUUUUCGGCACUGGACGCCAAAACGUCUGCUUUGCUUUGGGAGCGCUGCUUCUGCUCUGACCUUCUCAAGGGCAGGACCGUUGUUUUGGUGGCUCAACAGCCCUGGGUCGCAGCUCAGGCCGAUAUCUCCGUGACUUUGGAGGAUGGCGAGAUCAAGAACGUAGAGCAGAACCUUGGCAUUGUCCGGCAACCUGUGGCUGUCGCAAAAGAUAUCGAGGGCGAGGCGGAUACGUCAGACGCUUCAGACACCGAAGUCGAGACACAGACGGAUCCUCUGAAUGACAGAAGCAAGGUUGCCGAUGACAAGGUGAUAAAAGACGUGGUGGCACAAGAGAUGAAGACAGGUGGAAAGAAUGCCCGUCUGAUGUUCUUCAAGUACAUGACUUACUUUGGCGGGCCCUGGUAUGCCUUGUUCUGCCUGUUCAUGAUGCUUUUAUCGCAAUUCAUCGUCAUGGCAGGCUCGCUCUGGCUUUCCGUCUGGGUCGAAGCGUACAGUAGCGAAGUUGCAAUCAACAUUGCAUACUAUCUCGGUAUCUAUGCCGCCAUCACCGUCGCAGAAUCGGUUGUCUACGCAUUAGUUUUCUUGGUUUUCGAAAACGGCGCCUGGCAUGCUGCUCGAAGACUGCACAACGACUUUAUCCGGGCCGUCAUGCGCGUGUCCCUGUCGUGGUACAAGAAGACACCAGUCGGACGCAUCAUCAACCGUUUCUCGAGCGACAUGUCGUCUCUCGACUUGACUGUCAGCCCCCAACUCCGCGCUUUCCUCGAGAGCGCUAUGGCCUUGGUCAUUCGUAUCUUUGCCAUCAGCUCUAUCCUGCCCAUCUUCAUGCUUCCUGCCGCCGUGACGUGUUUCCUCGGCAUCAUCAUUGGCGAGAUGUACACGCGCACCGCUGUCACAAUCAAGCGUCUCGUGUCAUCUGCGCAGUCGCCUGUAUUCACGCAGUUUGCGGACACCCUGGCUGGUCUGGCGGUCAUUCGCGCCAGAAGCGGCAUGCCGGACCAGUUUGGCAAUAACUUGGCGGAGAAGAUACACGUGUGGUCCCGUGCGGCGGAGGCGAACUUCAACUGUAACCGUUGGGUGGCUAUGCGGGUUGAUUUCGUCACGGCUCUGGUCGGACUGACCGCUGGUAUCAUCGCUGUCUCGAAGGCUGGCAUCGUCGCUGCUGGCCUAGUGGGCUUCUCGCUCUCCAACGCGACGGGAUUGAGUCAGACCAUCUUGCAGUUGGUUCGUAGCAUGAACGACCUGGAAAUCGAGCUACAAAGUUUCGGGCGUAUCAAAGAGUACGCCACCCUCGAGCCCGAGGAGAAGUUGGACGAGUCUUACCCCGAAGAGGGCGAAUACACAGAUGACCCGGCUCACGUCAUCCCUAAGAACUGGCCUGCGACGGGAGAGAUCGAGUUCCGCAACGUCACGAUCCGCUACGAUGAGGACGGACCCGACAUUCUUACGGACGUGAACCUCAAGUUCAAGGCGGGAGAGAGAGUAGCCAUCAUCGGCCGCACUGGCAGCGGCAAGUCAACACUGGUCCUAUCUCUCCUCCGCUUUACACACAUCGUAUCAGGCCAGAUCCUCUAUGACGGCAUCGACAUCACCAAGAUACCACGCCAUCGCCUCCGCGAGGCGCUGACCAUCAUCCCGCAGGAAGCCGUCCUUUUCAAUGGCACGCUGCGCUCCAACCUCGACCCUACGGGCAAAAUACCCACCGAUGUCCUCGAGCGGGCUCUUGAGUCCUGUCAAGGUAUCGCUUCGUUCCAGUACCACUCGGGAUCCGAUACGGAGAACGACAACGCCGACCUGUCUGACGCAGUCGGUCUCACGCUCUCGACGACGGUCAACGCCAAGGGCGAGAACUUCUCCCACGGUCAGCGCCAGGUGUUGUCGCUGUGCCGCGCGCUGGUGCGCGGCAGCCGGCUGAUGCUCCUCGAUGAGGCGACGGCGAGCAUGGACUACGAGACGGACAGGGGCAUCCAGGCCGUGCUGCGGCGCGAGGUAGAUAAGGACCGGACGCUGGUUACCAUCGCGCACAGGCUGAGGACCAUUGCGGACUACGACACCGUCGUCGUCAUGGCCGCGGGGAGAGUCGUCGAGGCCGGACGGCCCGGCGAGCUUUAUACUCGCAAGGGAGUGUUUUACGACAUGGUGUAUCACAGUGGUGAGAAGGAGGAUCUGGAGACCCUUUUUGAGGAGCAGAAAGAGUAA